UUUUAUGUGGAUUCCAGGAAAUAAAGAAAUACGGUUAUCUUCCGACGACACCGAAGGCAUUUCUGUCGUUUCUUAGUUCGGAUUUGUGAUUAUUAACCACAGCUAUAAAUUAUGAUAGUUGCGAAUGGCGUCUGUGUGUGUGGCAGCAGACAAAAACAGAUUCUGAAAGUGACUAUUAAAUUGGCGGAUGACGUAAUUACCAUGAAAGAGUAGGAGAUCAUAUGUAUGGAGGUUCAUUGAAGACCGUGGGAAUUCAAAUACGUGAAUGUGCGGUUAUUUUUUGUGAUCAGUUUUCACAUGGAAUUACGUCGUUGAUGAAGCUUGUUUAACGUCGAUAAUAGAAGAAAAUACAGGCAUGGACGUACGGUUGUAUUGUUAGCACUGGACCAAAUGGAUUUAUUUGGUGUUAUUCUGGAAAUCCAGAAGGUGUGAUUGAUACGACGGGAAAACGCUUUCAUCGGCGUCUUAGUGUUUUAAGUGAUACAUCGCAAUAUGUGUUCGAAAACAAGCCCAGUCACUAAGAAUCGAAUGGCCGCGGUUGCUUGGUUGUCAAACGAAGGGAGGGUGGGCAAAAUCAUGGACCAGGACGACAAAUCACGCCAGCAAUUUCUUGAAACCAACAAUGUCGCGGCAAGACCUCCAACAGCAAAAUCUGCGAAAAAGGGUGAUCCCCUGAUUGCGAUCUGUAUCUGCCUUAUUACACUGAUCAUUGUAUUGCUCAGCUGUUUAGUUAUAGCCCAGAUCAGGCGUCGCAGUGUGCCGGCUUGCUCGUACCCGAAAACUUUUUGCCUACCCUGUGAGUCCCUCCGACUCAGCCCCGGGGAAAACAAGUACCAUUUCAAAGAUUUUGGCCACGACCGUGUGGACCGUGCCCUGGACCAGGAUUGUUGUGCUGAGAAUCCAAAAGACCUGCAACGUCUUGUCGAAAUUUUUGUUAAACGGAAACAAAGAAUUCAGCGCUUGAAGGAACUUGCGAUUUACAAUGGUAGGAACACUCCUGAGGAAAGAAGAGUUCCCGCUACACAUCUUGUGAAGUUGACCCCGUCUAUCGUCACGAUUAACGCAAACCGAGGCAAAGAAGUGGAAUGGGAUGACAGCGAUGAUAACUUGUCUUUCUUGCAACGUUUCACGAGGAAAGGUCAUACAGUUAUCAUUCCUGAAAAAGGCUAUUACUACGUCUACUCCCAGCUGAUAUUUGAAGAGGCCAGCAACAGUUCGACCGUUCUCAGCAGUGCUUGUCACGUUCUCAUGAGACAGUCUGCCAUUGCUGGCGUUCCGGUAGACGAGCUAAUGACGAACUCUGUGACGAUCACUGGAGGUGUAUCUGAGGCUUCGUCGAGCUAUUUGGGCGCCGUGUUUGAGCUUAUGAAGAACGACACCAUUUGGAUCCAGGUCAGGGGCAGGGGGGCACGGCUUAACCCCAUUAAGCACGCACACGGCAACUAUUUUGGUCUAUACAAAGUGUAACUUUGCAACCGGGAGUAGUUUCUGGCCUUUUUUAAGAGAAAAGGAUAUUUGAAAAUAUUUUUGUUAUUUAUCCAUACAACUUUUUGGUUGGGAUACUACAGGUCCGUUCAAUUCGUUCCGUCCCCUCAGCUGCGCUACAGUGAAUUCCCAAAGUAGAUAUAACAUCCUGAGAGCUAGCUGCGGAGAUGGUUUAAUCUUCCCGAAGACUUUCGGAUUUGAAACUCGCGGCGACUGUGUGUACAGCCCGCGGUUUGAAGCCUUCAAACUCUCAGGAGGAGACCCUAAAAUACGGUUUGAAUGUCUAGAUUGAGGCAGUGAUGUAAUUGAUGCAAUCACGAUAAUCAAUAAAUUCAUUGAAUUCAGUUUGUUUCAUUUGUGACCCAGUUCUCUGUGAGGAACAUGGUGCUAUGUAUGUUCUGACUGUUUGUGACCUGAAUGUGUUUACUUUCUGUAAUAGCUUUACCCAUUAUUUGUGCAAAAUAUAAUCCAUGUCUUUCUCAAUAAACUACAAUUUUGUUUUUGCCGUU